AUGAGAUAAUUUAGCGGGACUUGGAAAAGGAGAGGUGGAAAUACUAAUAGCAGACCAUUCAGAGGAGGAAAUUAAAAUUUCAGAGGAAAUAGAAAUAAUAAUUACAGGUCCAAUAAUCAACAAGGAAACUUUAAAGAUAAUUAGUUUAGGAGAUCAUCAAAUUAAAAUUAAAGUUCAGGUUACAAUAGACCAAGAAACCAAAAUUAAAGUAGAGGAGGAAGACCUCAAAGAGGAAGAGGAAAUUAAAAAGGAUAAGGAUUUACAUAACAAAAUACAUAGCGAAGAAGAAGAUUUGGGUUCAAAUAAAAUAAUUAGAAUGGUGAAAAGAAAUAAAGGUUCAUCAAAACUGGAAGAAAGAAUAGAAUUAAUUCAGAUGUUUAUAAAAUAGCCAAGGAUCUACAAAGAAAAUCCAAAAUGGAAUAGGCCUUAGAUAAUUAUUGGAGGAAAGGUGAUUAAACAAAGAAUGAAAAGCCUACUCAAGAAGCUAAUAAUGAAAAAUGAUAUCAAUUAAAUAUAUAUUAAUAAUUUAAA